AAAGAUCCCCGUCCACACCAACCAAAAGGUGCAGUACAGUAUUAUGCCGCCCACUACGAACCAGCACAUGCCCUUUCCUAGCACAGAUGUCCUCCUCCUCCUACUAACAACCUUAGCUCCCCUGCCCCCCUGACCAUUGCUUGGUUAGUUAGCCAUAGUACAGCGGCAAAGAAGAUGUCAGACCAGACCAACACAAGGUCCCCCCAUGUUCCUGCCUCCACAACGACGCGUCAAUCAAGGCCACGGCGGUCACAGUCGUUGCCUCGACAGCAAGGGCAGCACAAUCUCAAGGUCCCCCGAUCAAGUCUGUUUUCCACUGCCAUUGGAGCUGUGGUAAACCCCGUGCUGGAUGGUGUGGAUAUCGAUGGAGUGGUGCAACGAGUGGACUUUAAUGAGGUGGUCAGUAAAAUUGAUUGGAAUGCUAUUGUCGAUGAAAUUGAUUUUAACAAUCUGCUCGACAAGAUUGAUUUGGAUGUCCUGAUAGACAAGCUAGAUGUCAACAGAGUGGUGGACCGGGUGGAUGUGAAUGCUGUGCUUGAGCGAUCCAAUUUGAAACAAAUCAUUGCCAGGUCCACAUCGGGGAUGUUUUCCAUUGUAAUCAAUAGAUUUCGGGCGAUUUGUAUCAAAGUGGAUCAAAUUGUUCAGCGCACUGGUCGAUGUGCAUGGUGUUGCUGUGACAAGCAAAAAAGAAAAUGGACUUUGCCACCCAAGCCCACUGUUCGGCCAUUGGGGCAUAGAAAAGAGUACCUUGCAGAUGUACGAGAACGCAAGGCAAUGAAAUGCCCCAAAAAGUCCACCCUCUUGGCACAGGCUGUUCAAGGCAGAAAUGCUGGAACCUUCUCUCGUUUUUUGGCCUAUGCCAUUGACAAGGGGCUGACACUUGCCUUUGCCAUGCUAUUGAUUCUCGUGGUCAAUGCUCUGAUUGCCCUGAUACCAAAAGAGAUCUCAGACGAAGCAGUGGAGGCUGUUUCAGAUGGGAACUUGACGUCGGAAGAAGCGGCCAUCCUCACUGAGCAAGAGCAGCAAGAGGACCAGGCGAGAUUCUUAGUCUCUGUCGGGAUCCCGCUCGCAGCUGUCAACCUGUGUGCUUUUGUUUUUGAUGCGUUGUUCAUGAUCACGCUUGGGAGUACCAUUGGAAAGGGAUUCAUGGGGCUGACAGUCAUCGAUUCUCGAAACGGCAAGAUUGGGCACGUGACUAUUUACCAAGCAAUCUUGAGAUCCUUUCUUACCAAUAUCCUGACUUUCUUUUUUGUUUGGAUUGCGACCAUUUUCUCAUUGAUCCGAGAGGAUCGGAGAGGCCUCGCAGACCUACUGUGCGGAACAACAAUCAUCUACGCCUGGGACGCAAAAAGCUAUCGAAUGGCCACUGAUGAAAUGUCCCGCGAAGAUCAAUUUGGAGGACUAGAUUUUGCGUCCAUGGACUUUGGGGGCACGGAUGAUCUGGAGAGCCAAGCAGCAGAUUACCGGUAUUCUACACCUGCAACAAAAUCAACCCCGCCAAUGUACUAUGAUUCUCGACAACAAACUGGGAUGCACAAUCGCUCAGGUGUAAAAUCGAGAGCUGUCCGUGCAAGCGGCGUUUAUCAUGCAUGAUGUGAUGGUCCGAUCCAUGAACUCCACACACAUAUUUCGCCUGCAAAAUUUGAUGGCUGGAGUUCACAACAGGGGCAACUCACGGUGUUGUCUUUCUAGAUCGGAAGGCGGAACGAGCAGAGUUUACCGUCAACGAUCACGAAUAGCGAUGCAACCGUAAUGUUACAUCCGACGAUCGAAGAAUAGAAUCUUCGUUUUUACAAAGUCAGUCCGCUUUCAAACUCUACCAGGCAUACAAUAAUGACAAAGCCCGCAGCCAUGACUUUGGACUGUUUUGCUACGGAGCUGAUACAACUAGU